AUGCCUGUCUCUUCCCAACCCCACGCGAUUAGCACCCCCGCGCUCAUGGUCUUCGACCCCACGCACGAGAAGGCCCAUGCACACGACCAGUACGUGCAGCUGCAGUUCGCUGAAGGCGGCCACGCAGACCACCGCCGGUGCCGCUGCAACAAAUCCCCUGCACGCCGCAUCUGGACUGGCCUCUCCCUGGCGCUCGUCUCCUUCCUCCUCUUCCUCGUCUUCGUCGCUCUCUACGACCAUUUCUUCAACGGGGGCGCUCUCCUUGCGUCCUGCGGAUUCACGGAAGGCGGAAACAGCGCCACUUGGGCAGCGAUCGGUGGUUUCGUCAAGCGACAGUCCACCUCCGACAGCAGCAACGGCAACUCAUUCGUUGACAACAAGCUGUACCUCAUCGUCAUCUUCGUCGGUCUGUUCUUGGUCGUCCUCGGCGGCAUCUGUCUGAGCGCAUGGUGCUGCAAGAGCUCCUUCCAAAACCCGCUGUGCUGCCCGUGCUACCUCUGCGCGUGCUGCGGUGGUCUCGCGUGUUUGGAGUGUAUCGGGUGCGGCCUGUGCGCAGAAGGCUUCGAUCAGAUGUGA